UAUGCCCGGCGCAGGGCUCCGGGGGCACGCCGACUCCCCUGGAAGCCUCCCGCGACCUUUGGAACUUCCUUCUGGCCCUGGGCGAGCCGGACUGCUCGGAGGGGCGCGGAGUAGCUGAGGUUACCACGCCGCUCCCGGCCCGGGGUGACCCAGGCGCCCGUUUCAAGAGCAGGCGCAGCCCCACGGCCGUGAAUAGCUCGGGAGAGGGCCGGGAUCGCCGCUCCGGCUUUGCAAAGGGAGCCGGGCGGUCCCAGCCCCUCCCAGGUCAGUUCUGCCAAAAGGGGGGGGUGGCCAAAGGUCUCCCAAGGGGCUUUAAGUGCUUACAGGUGUUUGGGAGGUUGCCCCUGUCAUUAAUUUCGAUGUCGUAGGUAUUACGUCGGAAGUCAGGUGGUAAAGUCCCUAUAAAAGGCCGGCCGGGCCGGCCGGCUCAGUUCAGCAGCGAUGUUUCUGCCUAACGCGUCUCGCCUGCUGGGGGACUUGCUGCCUGCGGUGACCGGCGCCGCCGGCCAGGAGGGCGCUGCCUCCGGGGAUUACAGCCCCUUCUCUUCCAGCACCAUGGAGGCGGCUCACAACGACACGACCACGAUCCCCGACUGGUGGCAGCCCAAGACCCCCCGGCCCCAGAACAUAUUCCUGACCAGCUUCUUGUCCUUGCUGCUUUGUUUCACCAUCGUGAUGGACCUGGUGGGCAACUCGUUUGUCAUAGCUGCCGUGACCAAGAACGAGAGGCUCCGCAACCUCGGGAACGUCUUUGUAAUCAGUUUAUCUGUGGCCGACAUGCUUGUUGCCGUGUAUCCUUACCCUAUGACCUUGAUUGCCAUCUUGAACAACGGCUGGACCAUGGGAAAACUCCACUGUCAACUGAGCGGCCUCCUUACGAGCAUUAGCGCUGUUAGCUCCGUCUUUAACAUCAUGGUGAUAGCCCUCAAUCGCUACUGCUACAUCUGCCAUAGCCUCCUGUAUGAGAAGAUCUUCACUGAGAGGAAUACCACCCUCAUCCUUAUCGUGACCUGGCUGAUGACCAUGUUGGCUCUCAUCCCCAACUACUUCGUGGCCACCGUGCAGUACAAUCCCACGGUCUACACCUGCACCUUUGUCCCCACUUCUACUACCUUCUACACCUUCGUAGUGACGGCCCUCCACUUCCUCAUCCCCCUGACGGUAGUGGCGUUCUGUUACCUGAAGAUCUGGAUUCUGGUCCUCCAAGUCAAUCAUCGGGUCAGGGUCACCAAGCCGAAGUUCAUGCUGGUCGACAUCCGCAACUUCAUGACGAUGUUCCUGGUCUUUGUCCUGUUCGCUCUGUGCUGGGGCCCGCUGAAUUUCUUGAAGCUUGCUGGAGUCUUCGAUCCUUUGGGGAUGGGACCACGUGUCCCAGAGUGGGUAUACAUCGGGAGCUACUACUUGGCCUACUUCAACAGCUGUGUGAACGCCAUGAUCUAUGGCACGCUGAACCAGAACUUCCGCAAGGAAUACCAGCGCAUCGUCCGUGACACCAAGGAGACGGCCUACUACUUUGUCGUUGACCUGCAGGAGCAAAUCCGUGAGAUGAGGAUGAGACGCAAGCCGACUUACGCCCGGGCCAGGCGCAUUCAAGGCGACACCUACCUGUGAAGACCGAGUCUCAUCCAGUGUCCUUAGUGAUGGCUAAGUGACAGGUCCCAGUUCUAAGUUUGCUCCGCAUACUAUACGCUUAAAUUGCUUGAUGCACCGUACUUCUCCCUGCUCUGACACACAGUCUGUACACACACACGCACCCCCUAUCUGCGCGCACACCCCCCCUAUCUGCGCGCACACACACGCACACCCCCCCCAUCUGUGCACACACACACACACGCACACACAUACACACACACACACACCCUAUCUGCACACACACACACAUGCACCCCUUAUAUGAACAUAUACACACAAACGCACCCCUUAUAUGAACAUGUACAUACAAUGCACCCCUUAUGAACAUGUACACACAACAUACCCCUUAUAUGAACAUGUAUAUACACACACCCCUAUGUGCACAUGCAUGCACACAUAUACUCGACACAAACCUACACACUACACAUGUUACACCAGCAGGCUUAGAAGUACAAAUUAGUGAGUGUGUUUUAGCUCAUCGUGCAAGUGUACCUUAUACUUUGCGUAAUAGUAGCCUAUCUUUAACAAGACAUAAUACAAUUUAGGGAACUCGAGUUCCCCACUGUUUGCCAUUCUAAUUUCCCAGCUACUUCAGCUUUCUUUCCGAUUGAUCUUCAUUUGGCAAUGGCUCCCCACGCAAGUUUUCUCUUCCCCUUUUGUUUUCCCUGCUCCCCCCAGCCUCUUUGUUAAGUGGCUAGUUAUCUCUGUAGAUAACCAAUUGAUAUAUUGGGGGAGCUCCUAAGGGAAGCUUGUGGUGAAGCCCUCUUGUAAAUGAAGUAUCUUUUGGUCGCAUGAAUAUGACAGCCUAGUAAUCUGUUUUGUGAGCGUGAAUUUACACAUAUUUAAGCGGGCCCACCUGUGCUUCAAAUGGCAGUCACGGAAGCCGGUGAGAUAAUCCAGUACUUUAAACGAAUGGCAUCUUUCCUAAAUUUCAGCUGCAAAAAGUUACUCUGAUGUCUACUGAAUUCAAUUGGGAAGCUCACCUCUGACUUAAUUCUUAGAACCAGUCAGUCAGUCAGUCAGUCAGUUGAAGAGUUGAACGGUGCCCCGAGGGGGUUGGAACACUUUCCCCAGUCCUGGCCAUCAGGCAGAAUCUCCCAGGGCAGAAGGUACUGCUGCUCCUUCCUCCUGCUGCUGUUCUCCAAAGGUCCCAAGUGUUCAUUCCCUCCCUCCCCCCCCCCCCCGGGCGGGGCAACGUUCUAAUGAGAGUAUCUGAAAGUGGGGUGCCUAGAUCUGAGCAAGCACUGGCUUUCACAUUUGGGAGGUGCUUGGUUUGUUUGUUUGUUUGUUUUUUUCCGGGAAAGUUAAGGUAGAGGACAGUCCCAAGCCGUGUCUGCUAUACUUUCUUAAUUGAAUCUUGUAACCAAAAGAGCCCCGUCAAUUUUCUCUUUCCCAGACCGGGCGUAAAAAUAGAACAAAUGAGAUCAUCAAAUUUUCGCAAGAGUUUUGGAGUAGAAGCUUAAUUUCAGGGAUGCUCCACUGGAUAGUGGCCGGUCCUCCUUGGAAGCAUCCCUCUCAGUUUCUGCCACAGGGAGAUAUUAAGAGGGACAAACAGAGCCCAUCCUCAUCCGUCUUGUCCAUGUCCAGACUUUUUACCACAUACUGAACAAAACCAGUAGUGAUAAUGAUAAUAAUAUUGAUGCAUGUGGAAUUAAAUGGACAAAGGAAGGAAGAGAUUGCUGUCCAUGACCUUAUUUGGAGGGGAAUAGGGUGGAAGUAGAAGAAGCUAAGAGAUAGAGAGGGAAGGGACACGAGUAGAAGGCCACUUGGGGAGUGAGUGAUGAGUUCCCAGGCAGAAAACCGGUCUGUCUGAUGACUUGGAUGGUCGCUAGGAGUGGUCGGAGGAGUAGGAAGAACAGCAGGGAAGUUUAGUUCACAGAAACGAAGUGACUUUUCAAAUGGCCUCUGCACAGUAGAUGCUACGGGGAAGUAGUAUGGACAGCAGCAUUGUAGGCAGAGCUCAGAUACAGAUCCUGUACUUGGAUUCAACCUGAGAGCUGCCCCACUGGCACUUUUCAGAGUCCCAACUCGAGGCAGUCCGCCACCAAACUGGAGCAUAAUCUCCUUUCUUCGUGAAAUAGACAUACCUAUUAUUAUUUAUUGCUUAAGAAGUAUUUAAAGAACAGAUUUUCACACACAUCUAUUUAUUAUUUAUUGCUUAAAAAGUAUUAAUAUGGAAAGGACAUUUCUUUCCUUUAUUUAUGUGAUGAAUUCUAAUCUCUCUUUUUCAACAAAUCUUCAACUCAGACACACUGGAAAAACAAAUCUAGUUGUGGCCCACUGAUUUUCCUAGUUAGAUUUUUUAAAAAUUGUUUUCUUAGUGGUUAAAUUCAUUUCUUUCAUUCACCAAGCAUUCUAAGGAACAACCACCAGGAACACUCAUCAGACCUGUUCCUUUCUCUUUGUGGUUAUGUAGCUCUGUAAGGUUGCUUUUUCUGUUCAGAGAAAUUCAAGGCCAUCUCAUUUGCUAAGAGACUCUUCCCCUUUAGCUACUGCACUGUUUGGGGUCAUGUCUCUUUUCUUAGAGUUGGCCAGGAUUCCAUCUCACUUCAGGCCACAACCCCAACUAUUUCACUCCCUUAGGGCCACAACCCCCACUCCACUCCCUUCUCCUUCACCCAGUGGCUCUCACCUGGACAAAUGUGCAAAUUCCCUCAUAUCUUCCCUCUGCUCCUGUGGAUUUUCCCCAAAGAAGAUGGCACUUUAAUAAACUCUAAUGAAAAUACCCAUUUUGGAGUCCAUUCAAAUGAACCCAAUCUCCAACUGCCUCCUCCACCUGAGCCCAAGGUGGGGGACAAAGAAGAAGAAGAAGAAAACCAAAGGAGAUGAUGGCUCCACGGUCCCUAUGAAGCCGACCAGCUGAGCCGUGAAUCCAUUUGUCACCGCUGGAA